AAUGUCUUUAUAUUCUCAACAGGUUAUGGUAAGAGCCUAUGUUACCAGUAUCCAGCUGUGUAUUGUAACGGACUCUCGUUAGUGAUAUCACCUUUAAUAUCACUAAUGGAGGACCAAGUGACACAACUCAAUGUUAGAAAUAUUCCUUCAUGUUUCCUCGGAUCUGCUCAAUUUGAUGAAGCAGCUGCUAAGAAGAACAUCCUCAGUGGUAAUAUUCGUGUCUUGUUUAUCACUCCAGAAUAUGCUGACCGCAGCAAUAAAUUCUUCAUUGAAGUCUGUGAGAAAGUUGGUAUUACACUGGUAGCAAUAGAUGAGGCUCAUUGUGUGUCUCAGUGGGGUCAUGACUUCAGAGACAGUUACAGGAGACUGGGGAACAUCAGGCACCAUAUUCCUAAUGUUCCAUUAUUGGCGCUAACAGCUACAGCGACACCAGCUGUUAGGAAGGACAUCAUCAGCUCCUUGAGACUGACUAACCCACUCAUGGUCACCACCAGCUUUGACAGGCCUAAUUUAUAUAUUGAGAUUAAUCCCAAAUCAGGUUUACCUUCUGAAGACUUCAAACCAUUGCUAUUAGCAACCAAAGACCCAGCGACUAACAGGACAGUCCACAGUUUUGAAGGCCCCACUAUAGUUUAUUGUCGUAAGAAAGCAGUUACAGAAGAGAUCACCUCAGUAUUGAAAAGUAUGGGUGUGUCCUGUGGUACCUAUCAUGCUGAUAUACCACUGAAGGAGAGGAAGGAAGUCCAUCAUAAGUUCCUGAGAGAUGAACUACAGUGUGUUGUUGCCACCAUUGCCUUUGGUAUGGGCAUUGAUAAACCUGAUGUGAGGCUAAUAGUACAUUAUUCAGCUCCACAAGAUAUUGAAUGUUAUUAUCAGGAAAUAGGACGAGCUGGAAGAGAUGGUUCUCCCAGCAAGUGCUACAUGUUUUAUUCAGACAGUGACUUCAAUUUGAACCGGUUCUUCCUAAAGGACAUCAGUGAUUCAUUGUUCCUGGAACACAAACAGAAAAUGUUGAGGAAACUAAUGACACUCCUGAGCUCAUCAGAAUGCAGGAGAAAAUUGCUGUUGGAACAUUUCAGCAAGAAUCUUUCCACUGACAUUGGAGGUCAUAAAGACUGCUGUGAUAACUGUAGGAGAUUUUUACGAGGUGAUAUUCAAAUUAAAACAAAUUAUUCAAAAGAUGCCAAACUGUUGAUGGACGUGAUUAAGGCUUUGAGAAAUGAUUAUGGUAUUACAAUGACAGUAUCAAUUUUAAGAGGAUCAAAAGCACAAAAGAUUCCAAAGUACAUAUUGAAGCAUCCAGUGCAUGGAAAAGGAUUGUAA